UUAGUUGAUAUACAUAGAAAUAUGGCUCAACUUCAUAAGCUUGGAUUUGAAGCUGAAACAAAAUGCAGUGCGGAUAAGUACUUUGGCAUGUUUAGUUACAAUGUUACUCAACUGCCUAAGUUUGUUCCUAGUAUGUUCAAAAGUGUCGAAAUCACUGAAGGAGAUGGAACUAGCAUUGGCUCUUCCAGGCUUUGGAAAUAUACCAUUGAGGGACCGGAAAUGGCACUGAAGGAUAGAUUAACAUCAUUCAACAAGGAGAAGAGGUCAAUGGCUUAUGAGUUUACGGAAGGAGAAAUCAUGAAUUAUUAUAAAACUUUAAAUGUUAAACUUGAUGUGGUUCCGAAGCAGUGCGCUACUGGAAAUGGGAGCUUCGUAAAAUGGUCCUUGGAGUUUGAGAAGGUUAACGCUGAUAUCCCUGAUCCAACUGCUUAUAUGGACGCCCUCCAGUUAGUCACUAAUGAACUGAGUUCUCGGCUCUACUGAACAGUACCAUAUGUAUAACCAUUACUAAGAAACCCCAAUUACGUACUAGUCCACCAUAUAUAUAUAAGUAUAUCUAUGCAAUAAAAGGCAACUUAUUUGCUUAA